UUCUCUUUAGCGCGGGAGAGUGAGCCAUCUUUUCAACACACGAUCUUCGGUGGUCUUCAGUUCAAAUCCCUUCUCGCGCGAGUACAUUUCCUAGCAACGCUCCUUGGAUACGAGCUGGAGGAAGGAAGCGCGCUCACAGUGGCGGACUGACAACAACAACAGCACCGUCAAGACUAUCAUCAUCAUCAUCAUCAUCAACAUGGAGCCCCCAGAGAGGAUGGAAGUGUCUCCUCAGUUGCCAGCAGAUGAAGAUGUGAGUCAGUCUGUUGGAGAGUCAUCCAUAAAUCAACUGGGACCUCUCAGUCAUCGCAGUGCCAGUCAGGACCAGAGGCAACCCAUGCUGACAACAGAUGACUGGGAGCUUCAGCAGACGGGGGUACACUGUUUGCAGCUAGAAUUUCAGGACAGUAACUUGUCUCCAGCCCUUCCUCUGCUGCCUGUAAACUCUGGAGUGGAAAACAACAUCACUGAAUAUUCCAUAUUUCAACAAAGUGACAAUGAAUUCGCCCCUUUAGGGGCAUACCCCAACAUUUCCGUGGCAUCAGACAGGUUUCACUUUCCACCCAUGGAUCGCACCACUCAGGCCUCUGAGCAUGGCUCACUGUCCCAGCACCCUUUGGCCCAGGCAACCAUCCUUUCUGAAGAAGGAGCAAGCAGCUGCUGCUCUCUGUCCCAGCACAGUUUGUCACCAGGAGACAAAGGCAGACAAGAGGAAAUGGUUCACUCCCGAGUGACUGCCACCACUGACAGACAGGGAGUACCAUUCAGAGAUGAUGCAGGUAGCAGAGAGAAGGACUCAGUGACGCUAACUAUCCCUCAAGAUAAGCUAGGAGGAGAGACUGUAGAAGAUGAGACCUUCUUUCUGCGUAAGGAUAUUCCCGCCCAACAUCUUUUGAAGCUCCUUCAGAAAGAUGUUGGCAUGCCUACCAGUAGCAGUAGUGCUGUUUCCUCUGCCUCUGAGAUAUCUGUGAAGAGCAUUGCAUCUUUUACUGAAGUGUCUAAAAGCACUAAAGUCUGCAAAUCAGCCACUGACCAAAGCAUGGUUAGAAGAGAAGGUCCUCCUGGUGAAGCUUCUCUUCCCCAGCAGCAGACACAACAACCUGACAGAGUUUCAAACCCUGACCAAUCACAAACACUGUCAUCUGAGGUCUGUAAUAUCACCAUGGGUUCCCGCAGUACUCAGCCUGAUAACAAUAGUAAAGUGUUGCACAGAGAGCUGCUGUCAGAGGUAGAGCGGCGCAGCAGCCUUGAAGCUGAAUCUAAAAACCAACAGCGGAACAGUCCUUCACCACCUGGUCAGUGUCUCACUCCAUAUCCCACAGAGACAUCUGAAGGAAAGCCUAGUGAGACCCAAGCAAAUCUGGGUGGUAAGUCAUGGACAGGGCCAUUUUCAGCAGUUGUCGAACGGGUUCGCAUAGAACAAGAUCUGUGGUCCUCGGGGAACCAAACAGGGAUUGAUGGGUCCUACCUGGGUUUCCUUCCACAGUCUCAGUCCACUCCAGGGGUUUUUAAGGUACCGUCCAAAUCCAGUGUCAAGGCUACUUUGGGGCAACUUUCUGCCAUAGAGUCCAAUAAAGAGAACUCCUAUCAAUCAAGCACAGGGAUCUCUCCACAACCAGCUAUUCCUGAGCCUGGUGUCCAUUGCCCAGACACAGCAAAACAGUGCCAAGAGGAACAUACCUCUGGAAAAGUCCAGUCUCUUCCAAGUCUCAACUAUAUGCAGAAAGUAGACGCUUGGAGGGCAAAUCAGAGUUCUGGCAAAGCAUCACUGUUUGAUAGCCUUGCAUUGCAAGGAUUUUCUGGUAUCUCUCCUAAAAAGAAAGCUUAUGAUGCAGUAUCUGACACCCUGAAUCGCAUCCUGAGUCAGCAGGCAAGGAAUUCACAGCAGCCUCCUGUUUCAAUUGCCGGCAACCAGAAUGUCACACAGAGGUCCUCUGCAGCUCCCUCUGGCUCUUCAUCUCCAAAAAGAGGGGAGGCGGUAGGCAGUGCGCCCAGUGACAAAGAUAACACUGGGUCUGCAGCAAGACCCUCUGCCUCACCCUUUGGCAGGUCGCAGUCCCACUCCUCUCUUAGCACAGUUGUCAUGUCGGUCAAGAAAGAUCAACAGACAUCAAGACCUUCAGAAAAAGAGAAGAGUCAGACUCAGGACGAUAUCCAUCAGCAGCCAAGUGCCCCAGCUCAGCCCUCACCUCUCGUGAGCCUCGGUCAGUUCAGCGAUGUGUCCGCUGAUAGAGAUUUGAACCGUUCAAGUUCCCAAGGUAGUUACAACAGUGGAAUUAAAUUAGGAACGUCCAUUGGAGCUUCUUCUGUCACCAGCCUAGAGGUUGAUAAUUAUGCCCCAUACUGGACGUCAAAACUGUCAACACCACCACCUCUGCCCAGGCCUCGAGAGCUUAACAUUGAAGAACGAAUUCCGUUGUAUCUCCAUAACCUGGGUAUUGACCAGUCUCCCUCAACAAUUUUAACUCCAUUUGCACCCAGAGGGCCGAUCAGAGAACCUGAAUUCUCUCCCACUGAUCUCUGUACAAUUAAAGGAUCUGUUGGAACCCCAACCAAGAGCACCCAACCCUCUGAAGGUGGCAGCCCCCAUAAAGGAGAGUUUUCCAGGUCUAGUAUUCUCUCAGUGGGCUCCAGUAUAUCCAUACCGUUUAGCCUGGACAGUCUUGGUCCAGCUGUAUCCAUCCCAGAGCAGACCAGGCGGGUUUCUCCUUCAUUAGACACAGAAGCUUUACAGAGUAAAUAUAGGACAGCACCCUCCUCCCAGCCUGACUCCCACUCCUCCAUACUGCAACCCAGCCAGCAGCAACAGAAAGACAGCAGUUUAACCAGCAGCCAGGAUGCUGUCCAGUUGGAAGACAGGUUGGACUCUGACCUCUUGUUAGUUACCAAGGCGAGUUGCGGGGAAAGAGACUUGGAGUCACCCUUGCAAACGAGCCGUAGUUUGGAGCAAAGUGCAGAAGAUUCUCUUGUUAGCUCCAAAGCCUUGUGGGAGAUCCGUAAAUUACUCUCUCGGGCUGAUAAAGUUGUGUCUGCUGGAUCUUCUGCAGCUUCCUCAGCCUCCCCUGUAGCGCCCCGUCUGCUGUCAGAUGAUGACAUUUUCCUCUCAUUGAGGAAGAAAACCAGCAGAGUCCAGGAGUCCUCAUUCUCCUCCUCUGGAACUGGAGACCCCACAACUCAUUCCUCCUUGCUGUGGGCUAGGUCCUCGUCCGAUUCCAUGAUAACCUCAGAGAAAGCAAGGCAAAGCUCUAUAGGUCGAGAGAGUAUGACCUCAUCAUGGCAACCUGAUUAUACAUCCACACAAUCAGUUACUGCACUUGCUUCAGAUACAUACAAAAUGCCACAAGAUAGUACUGUUAAUGGAGGUGUAGGAUCAUCCCUUGUCCUCUCCAAAUCAGCCCGGCGUGCAGAGCCUGAGGGCUGCAGUGCUGCACCUCCUGACAACAGAGUCCCAACACAGCCACCAGUCAUCAAGCCUCUGCCACCUGUGAGUACACAACAGCUCACCUCUACACCUACAGAAACAGCAGGUGUCCCAGAGGAGGACGGUCCCGUCGAGAGCAGCUCCUUGACGCCCACCCUCGAGGACGCAGAUCAGGGAGUGAUGAGCGAUGGGAGCAGUGAGAGCUCACUGGCAGUGAGAGUUGCCAAGUUACUCCGGAGUGAAACUCCAGCCACUAUGGUGUCCAGUACACCCAGUAUAACUGAUCAAGAGGAAAGCAAAGCCAGAGAGUGGAUUAAGAUGAAGAUAUCAGGACAGCAGUGUGAGUCUCUGGAGUUGGACAAAGAAGAUAGAAAGCAGAUUGAAGAGAUCAAGAGAGAGCUGCUGUUAAAAAACCCUAUGAAGAGCCAGUUGAGCACAGAUACAGAAAGCAGUGCAGCGUCCAGUGUUACAGUCCCAAGGGGGCAGGAUCCACCUCAGUCUGCAGAGACAUUCACCGCCCCCCGUGAUACAAACAACCAGCUGUUCCAGCCCCUGCAAGGCCUCAGUACGAACCUCUCUGACUCUGGCGUGCAGCUUCAUAACCCUCUUCAUUCUGGCCUAGAAGCUCAAGUAUGGGAGAUUGCUGCCAGAGAAGGAGUAAUCCUCCCUAGAACAACCCCUCGGGCCCUCACAUCCAUCACCAUCGCCACCCGCAGGCGCUCCACCUCCCCCUCUCCCUCUACGUCACCCGUACCACCCAUAAGUCCAGCCCCGGAGCCACUCCACCUGACUGAGCUCUCCACAGGAGCAGUUGGACAUCCUGAAGCUCACAGGCCCCCUACUCAGAAUGAAGAGGAUAAGACAACCAGAGAGCCAGCAUCAGUGUUUGAACCGGGCAGUAGUCUCUACACCAGAAAACAAAGCCUAAAUUCUCAGUUAAUGUCAGGAAAUCAGAAGAGGAAAGAUGCUGUAGGAGGCCAGUUUGAAGAACCUCCUCCACCCUCACAGGGUUUCAAUAGAGAGGAUAAGAAUAUCAAAGAUGACAACACACAAUCUUUUCAGCGACAUGAGUUAUCCCUAGAGGACAGCUCUGUUUCUGGUGCUCAUGGAGUUGAAAAAACCAUAGUCUCCUCCACCUCUGAAUCCCCCACUACGACAGGUCACGUCUCGCAUGUCCAUCUCACUUUGUCCCCCAAAGCCACCGAUCACAGCUUGUCCGCUGCUGUGCACUCCAGUGAUGCUGAUGCUGUUACGGGGCUGCCACGUAGAGAAUUUGUUCCCCUCAGACGCUCUUCAUCUGCUGCCACCAGUCCAGACGAAGGUGUUGGUUUGGGCAGUCCACCAGAGUGGUUUGAUACCAGACAGCCAAAAAAACAGCGGGGACAUGAAAGAGUAGACAUCUCCACCCUGUUUAAAACCGUUGUACCUCAGGGAAGAACCACCCCCGCAUCCAAAAAAUCCUUUACACCACGUCACAGACUUGAAGUUUCCAAAAGACCCUUAACUACUGAAUCACCAGCAGUGCCCGUCCUGUUGCCUUAUAAACCCCGCGGUAGCGAGGAGCUCUUCUACGUCCCUCAAACAGAAGCUGAUGUCUCCUCAACAAGCCCUUCUGACACCACCAUGGAGAGCUCACACACAGGCUCGGACGACGCUGUGCCCCCACGCUUCGGCAGUGAUGUCCUCGGGCACCAGGACCCGGGUUUGGACCGUGGAGUAACCAUCAGACAUACAGAGGGCAUCUACAGCAAAAGGUUGAAAACAGCCACCUUCAAAAUGCAAGAACCUGGACACAGAGAUGCCUCUGUGACGGCAGAUAAAAGCUCACAAACAGGUGUGAGCCAAACUCCAAAGCCUCCUUCCCAGGUAUCCGAUGCCUUUACCAAAAUGCCUUUAUCGAAGAACAGAGCGGCCUUCGAGAGAGACCAGGGGUCCAGCCCAGUUCAGCUUCUUCGUUAUGAUCAACCGGAGUCAAGCUGUGAGAGAUUUCGGCCAGUUCAUGUGGAAAUGGACUAUGACACGGCGAGCCGUCGCCUGGACCAAAGCUUUGCCCCUCAAAAAGGAGGAGAGCGUGACCAGCAGAGGAAGCACCCUGACAUCCCUCACCCCACCUCGCAGCAGAGCAACAGCAGUCUGGACCAGCUGUGGCAGAUGCUCUGUGAUCAGUGGACCCUUGAGGAGUCCCGUCCAACCAGUGACAGAGAGGCAUCGCUGCUGGAGCGGCUAGAGUGCCUGUCUCGUCUUAUUCAUAGCACGAGGGGAACUAACAUGUCAGAAAUGCAGCAGGAGGAAUAUCGUGAUCCUCACACCACAAGACAGAAGCUAGGAAGGAGGGGAGAAGAUGCUGCAAGGGGAGAAAGACGGCAGGAUAUCAGAGAGGGUAAAAGGAGUUUACGAGGUGAGGCCAGAGAAACGGAGGGGAAAGUUGGAGGAAGUAGAAAGUUUGAUGAUAAACCUCCGAUCCCUCGUCAGGCCUGGAUGCAGAAGCUGCAGGCACAGCGAACAUCUCGACCUCCAGACGAGGACAGUCACUCCUCCUUCAACUCCAGCCUCUCCCACAGCUCCUCCCAGAGUCAGCACCUCUGUCCCGCAGACAGAGACGAGUCGGAGACCUUGUCCACCGUGUCCGGCUCCAUGUCCACCGUCGACACGGCCCGGCUUAUUCGAGCCUUCGGCGCCCACAGAGUACAGCACCUGAAAAGCAGCUCCAGCCUCAGUAAACUUUACAACACCAUCAACAAGCAGAAAGAAGGGAGGGAACAGAGGAGAGGAAGAAACAAAGACCCUUCACACAUUAUCACACCAUCAGAGACCACCGGCACUGAUGGAUCCACAGUUGCUACUGAUUCUGCAACGUCAACCAGCACUUCCACCCUCCCAUCACAUCGUGGACCGCCCAAGACUCUGGCAGCAAAGAAGGCUGUUAAAAUGGUCAGCAAAAGCAUCCAAACAGGUGACUUGGAGAUUGUUAAUAAUGGGACUCGCCGCCACACCAGAGAUGUUGGAACCACGUUCCCCUCUCCUCAUGAAACCAGAGCUUCCGGGCAGAUUUCAUCAUCUUUAUCCCAUGAAGAGAGAGGGAGAGGAGGACAGAGGAGCCCCUCAAAAAAUCAGCCCUUGCAAAAGCAGAGAAAGAGCAAGUGGAGCCCAUCAAAGCCCUACCCUGGAGGUGUUUCUUGGUUCAUCUCUGCUGACGACCUGAGAUCAGAGGCGAGGAAGGAGAACCAGCAAGAGUCGUCGUCGUCGUCGCUGACGACGCGGAGGCCGAGCACCGCUUGGUUUGAACCGUACAGCAGAACACAUCCUUGGAGAGAACCGCUCAGACAGAGACAAGUCCAUGAAGACAGAAACAAACAGUCUAACCUCAUAUUUCAUGCUGAGCCUGAUCCAGAUCCUAGAACCAAAACAAUGUCCUCCGGUCUGGCACGCAUGUCUCUCCAGGAGGCUCUGGAGAUGCGACGUCCAGAGUUCAUCUCUCAGUCCACACAGAGGGUGAAGCGUCUGGCGCUGCAGGUGGAGGAGAGGAAGCUACAGACGUUCUUCACCAGAGAGAGAGAUGAGCUCUUCAACCAGCCCGGAGGACCGGAGGGGCUGCCGAAGCCCGCAGGCCCUGCUCUGCUCAGGAGGGCUGUUCCCAGGAAGGAGAUGAUCCAGAGGUCCAAACAGAUCUAUGAGACUCUGCCGGAGGUGCAGAGGAGGAGAGAGGAAGAAAGAAGGAAAGCAGAGUACAGAUCUUACCGGCUGAAUGCCCAACGCUACAACAAGAGAAUCACCGACCGUGUCUUGGGCAGACGAACAGCGUGGCGAUGGUCAAGCAGACCAGGAAAACCUUUUACUGUAAAUUAAAUCAGUGACAUGAAUUUUUUUUUAACAACUUUAAGAGCAAAACUAUCUAAUUUAACUAAAUAUAGUUUUAUUUAUCAGUGAAUAUUUUUUUUAAUUGGGAUUUUAAAGAUUAUGUUAAAAAGUAGAUUUCUACUCAUGAACAGUAGCAUCACUGACAUGUUUGACUUUUACACUUAAGAGACCAGUAGAUUGUUUUUGUUGGUUUCACUAAAGAAUGUGUUUUAAUGUAAAAAUAAACAAGGUUUCUGCGGAUUCUUUAACAUUUUCUCUAAGUUCCUUGUUCUGAUUAGGGACAGAAAUCUGACAAAGAUGCACCGGCUUUAAUGUCUUUAUUGAUCAGUUAUCGGUUGUGCAAGAGCAGAAAGCCACAUGAGUAAAAGGUAAGAGAAGUUAGCUGCAGAUUCAGUACAUCAGCUGCUCACUGAGAGCACAGAUAAACAACAUAAUGAAUAAAUAAGAAACAUCUGCUUUUCCCUCAAACUACAGUUACGUAGAUGCACUAUGCCCACUAAUUCAUGACAAAAUAAUACUUCAAGUUACGACAGAACUGUGUAAACAUAGUCUAACAAAUUCGUUAAAUAAAACAAUUAGCAUGGAUUAAUCAACUAAAAGCCUUUUCAUAUCAGCCAUGGCAAACGUGGUGAAGAGAAACAAAGAUUCUUUGGCAAAGAUGUAGUUUUGCUUUAAACGAGGUUUGGUUGAAACAAAUGAAAAAUAAGGCAGGUGACCGCUCUUUACCACAAGGCUCUCAGCAGGUUUAAGGCUCGGACAAAGUGUAAGUCUGAAACGGCAACAGGAAUCUCAGCAGAACAAGGCUAAUACAGUCGUUUGGAUUGUUGUAGUUCAGUACCUUUACCAAUAUAACCAGUGUGUCGUCUAUACCAAGCAUGUAAAAGUAAACAGUAACAACUUACACCACACAUGUAAUAAAUACUAAAUAAUUUAAACCAUAUAAUGUUUUAUCUGACUA